GUCAUGCUAUUGAAUCUGCUCCUCAGCAGUCUUCCGACUCCAGUCGUCUUGAUGACACCAGCGACCGAAGGUUAAUGGAAACCGUGUAUCAACUACAUGCCAAAUCAGUUACACAAUAGUAAAACUUGAAAACAUCGCCGCAUUGCUGCCGAUCAACGGCAGUGGGGUUGUUCUUCUAUAUAAUACAUGGCAGGAAAUAGUUUGGACAAGAAAUCUGGACGAAUAAACUGGAUAUAGAUGUGAACUCUCUUCCUUUAAAUUAUCAUCACCAUGAACUGUUAAUCAAAGAACAGGAAAUGGAACUCUUUACCUGUUUAAAGUUAUAAAAGCGAGAGUCCUUGGCUUUAAAACCUCGGUAUUACCAAAUGCAUGCGAUGGAGUGAAUAAUGCAGUCUGACGCACAGCUUUGUGAGAAUCCAUGGAUUAUAACUAUACGAUAAUUGGUGUGCUACAAUGUGCUGUAAGUUUGUUUUCUUCUCUAUAUUUCUGAUGCUAUACGUUGGUUCCGUUACGACACAACCCAAGUGGACUCACGGGCGACGUGCCCUCAUGUUGGAGCCCCCUCAACGAAGUUCUCUGUGGAGAUUUGGCAACGAAACUCCUCUCAAUAUUAACGACAGUGCUCUCAAUUGCGGGGGAUUUGAGAGGCAAUGGGAGAAAAAUAACGGUGCAUGUGGAAUCUGCGGUGAUCCCGCAGACGGACCCCAGGACCAUGAUGAAAAUGGGAUAUACGACAGCAAUAUCAUUGUGAAAACCUACACGGAGGGGGGUUACGUUAAUAUUACGGUGGAAGUGGAAAGCAACAUGCUGGGCUACUUCGAGUUCAGACUAUGUGACAGGAACUCCUCUGACGAACCUCUAACUCAAGAAUGUUUCGAUAAAAAUCUCUUGUGGAUUGAAGAGUCCUGGAAUUUUAGAUAUUAUGUCGGAAGUCAUGGUGGAUUGUUUGAUCUUCACGUUCGCCUGGGCGAAAACGUGAUUUGUUCUCACUGCGUGUUACAGUGGAAAUACAGCACAGGGCACCGAAUGGGUGGAGUAAACAGCUGUGCAGAAAUGGGCUCAGGAAGACAGGAGCAGUUCUAUAACUGUGCUGAUGUAGAGAUUGUUUCUAAACGCAAGGAUGCUAUGUAUGAACGACCGCUGUUAUCAAUACACGAAAAUAUUUACUUGGUACCGCAUGAAUUAACGUAUAAUUUGACUGCUGAAGAGCUGGACUUAUUAAAGGACGAAAUACGAAAGAUUACUCCUGGAAUGAAACAAACCAUCCCAAAUGGAUUUCUUGAACCCCUUGAAUUUAAUUAUACUUUACCUAUUCCAUUUGAUAAAUUCUUCAGUAAAUCUGUCAGUGAUCUGCAUGGACCAUGGCAUUGGCUUGAAAAUGUCACCCACACAGAUGGGCACCAUGAUCACACCCAUCAUGAUCACACCCAUCAUGAUCACGCCCAUCAUGAUCACACUCAUUCAGUGACAACCACAGACACUAUUACACCUCCCCCUAUCAAACCAAUGCAGACAGAACCUCCCCCUGAUAUUCUGAGGGAUGGAAUGAUUGUCCCGCCUCCUCCUUCAAUAGAGUUGACAAUGGAGGAUGGUCUUAACGAAUCCAGAAGAAGACAAACCGGUGAUCCUGUCGGUGAUCAGAGACGCAUUGUCGCUCCAAGAAAAAGUCCCAUGUAUGCGAUUGGUGAUUCUUUCGUCUUUCCUGUGUUUAGAAAGAAUCGAAUUCGUGAUAGAGUGACGAGUAUGCAAUCUACAACAUCUAGUUCAGUAUCAACUGAUAACGGAGUUUCCGCUACUCUAGAAGAGUGUACGGUGCACUCGCCGAAAUUCCAUUGUGUAGGAAAGGGUCAAUACAAAGACAACAAAGGUAUCAAUAAAUGGUGUCUAAACCACUGCCAAAAGGACAGUUGUGUUGAAUUCAUGUGUGAAUGUGGAUGUCAUACACCUGUUGUUAAACCGAAGUGUAGAGCCAAUGGCCCUUUCCAAAUCAUGCCUUUCAUGAAUGAGUGGUGUAAAGAUACAUGUGAUGCAGGAAUAUGUCCCCCAAAUAUAUGCAUUGUCGAUGAAUGUUUGCCAAAAAAGAGCUAGCAUAAAACUGAAGACGAUUCAUAGCAUCUACUUCGCAAUUUAGAUGUCUUUUCAAUUCCAGAAAUUAAAUUAUUCACAAUGCAUUGAUAGUGGUACACAGGCAUGGAUUUGGUGCAAAUUUUUGGUAUCUAAUACUAAAUGUUCAAACUCAUCUCAACGUCUUCCUUUGCACAACAGUACCUAUACCAGAACUGGUUGUAUUUACGGUUGAUCAGGGUACACCGCCUUCAACACGAAAUAUUUGUCUUGGAGACAAAAAUAUGGUUAAGUAUUGUGGGAUAUGUGUUUAAAAUACCACUUGAAUAUGUUUCCUUAGAAUGUAGGUUGUUGUGAAAUCAAAAUCGAACUACUGUAGUUGAAAUGGCAUUUCAUCUUUAUAACUGGCUAACAUAUAACACAUUUUUUUUCCAAUAUCCAAACUAGUCAUCAUUAUACUAUGAGGGAAUUGUUUAACUUAAAAUCAUAGAUAUCAUUAAAUGGCACUUUUUAGCAUUCACCGUAAAUAUGAAAGAUAAACUUGAGGACAAUUUGCCACAUUUGUAGCUAUAUGUCAUAAAGUUAGGUAAUAUAGAUUGAGCUAUGACUCUGAACACGUGACUAAAAAGCAUGCAGUAAGACUUUUUUUGUUGUUUGGGAAAUUAAAUCUGUUAUAAAAUCCAUUAUGAAAGCAGUUUAGAUUUAUUUGGUUUAAUAAUGGAUGUAAUGAGAGAAAAUAUCUUGUGAAUGCAUGGUGAUAUGUUAGCAAGAUAUAGAGUUUACGUCGUUUUGGUUACACCAUUCAUUAUUUCUGUAUGCUUUUCGAAAGAAAUGUAAAUGCAUAGCAAAUUAUUUUUAACAGUUAAAGCCGAUGACAUGAAAUGCAGGUAUGAAUGUGUUCUUCAUUGUAUUUAAUGUAUACCAAUUACAUGAACAAAUGAUGAUAUAAAAUAUCUAUGCAUAUAUCAUUUACAUUUUUAUUUAUUAUUUAUUCAAUGUGAACAUGGAAGUGUGCGUAUAUCAGUUCAUGUAUGUAGUUUCCAUGCUAUGAUUGUCGUGCAGAGGCGUUUGUCAAUUUAUGAAAUCUAUUAUAUGAAUUUGUGUGCAAAAGAAAUGUUUAUAGAUUUCACUGUAGUCUUUGGAUGUUUGUUUUACAUUAUUAGUUUUCUUUUUUAAUUUGAUGAAUAAAUCUUAAAUUCCAAUU